AUGGCAGCAUCGAAGUCCCUCAAUUUGGAAAAGCCGCACCUUGGUCGCAUGUGGUUAGCAGCAUCUGGGAAUAAUGAGUUCAUGUUGAAAGACAUCCCUCCAAACAUAUUCUCAGCCUUCAACGAGAACAUUCGACCAAGACUUCCUCAAACUUGCCGUAUAUGGCUACCAUUGGAUACCAUACUAAAUCAGCGCAUAUUUGUAUAUGAAUACCUGGACGAUGAUUUCUUGAGUCUGGUUCAUAUGCACGACCGUGACAUUGUCCAUUUAGAUGUAAAGCCUGAUAACAUUUUGGUGAAUUACCGCAAUCUUGACGAAGAGGCCGUAAUCGAAAAGGUCCAAAUCUCUGAUCUCGAGAAUGCAGCCUAUCUCCCGGAGCCCAGGUGUAUCAAAGAAAUGCUAGCUGGAAAUGAUAACUGGCGCAGCCCUGAAGGUCACUUCAAGGGAGAGCUCAACAAACCAUCUGACUUACACUCAUUCGGACUGGUAUGCAUUUACGCUGUUCUUGGGCGUGUCAUACUAGGGCCUGACGAUGACUUCAAACUACACGAAUCGAAAGGCGCACUACCUGCAUUCAUCCGCCUGCAGCGCCAAAUAUCAUAUUUCGGGGACAAAGAAGGGUUAAAUGUACUCAUGAAGGAUGUUGGUGAUGAGGAAGCGAACUGCGAGAUUCUCAGAAUGCUUUGGGAGGAUCGGGCGCCAGACUAUAUCCCAUAUGUGCCAUUCUCUUACUGGACAGAAGUUGACUCGACGUUCAAGGACUUGAUCCGAGGAUUGAACAAUCUGGACCCUUCGCAGCGGCUUACAGCUCGUCAGGCACUGAGCCAUCCUUGGUUUGAAGACAUCGAAACUACUUACUAG